UCAACAACUCCCAUUAUAUACCUUAAGGCAAUAACUUCACUGUCCUUCACAUCCUCAAGCUUUUUCAUCUAUGGCGAAAGCUUUCUCCCACAUCAAUGGCAACCCAAUGUUUUAUUUUCCCUCUAGACUAAAUCCCAACCGUCCAUUUCCUUUGCUUUUGUCUUAUAACAAGCCUUUGAAAUGCAACCAAUCUUAUUUGGCCUCUAUAAACGAAGACAUCGAAGCGCAUCUAAAACAGGCUAUCCCUAUUCGUGAACCGCUCUCUGUUUUGGAGCCCAUGCACCAUUUGACGUUCGCCGCCCCACGGACCACCGCUUCGGCUUUAUGCGUGGCAGCUUGUGAGUUGGUCAACGGUCACCGGGAUCGAGCUUUGCCGGUAGCGUCCGCGAUUCAUCUCGUGUAUGCGGCUUCGUUCACCCAUGAGUGUGCUCCACGGAGUGAAACCUCUAGGCCUACGUCCAAAAUUCAACAUGUGUAUGGUCCAGGCAUUGAGUUGCAAAUUGGUGAUGCGAUGAUACCAUUUGGGAUGGAGCUUUUGGCUAAAUCCGAUAAUCCAGCCCGAAAUGAUUCAGAUCGAAUUCUACGUGUGAUGGUUGAGAUCACGCGUGCGAUUGGUUCGGAAGGAAUGAUUUACGGGCAGUAUGAUGAAGUGGAAUCUUAUCAAUCCGACAAUAACAAGUCGAGCCACAUCGAAGAAAUCGAGCGUGUCUCCGAAAAAUAUGAAGGAACAUUGUAUGCUUGUGCGGGUGCUUGUGGGGCAAUAAUAGGAGGGGGAAGUGAAGAUGAAAUAGAGAAACUGAGAAAGUAUGGUUUACAUAUAGGGAAAAUAGAGGGGAUUAUGAAUAGAAUUGGAAGCAACAGUGACAAGGAUUUGAUGGAAAAAUUGGUGGAGGAGCUGAGAAAUUUGGCUAACAAUGAAUUGAGAGGGUUCAAUGAAGCAAAGGUGAAAGCAAUUUUCAACACACAAUCUAGUUCAUUUGAUCUUUGUAAGCAAUGAUUAAAACGUGAUAUCUAAAUGGGUCCAAAUCUAAGUAAUAUCCCAAAUCUAGUGCUUUCGUUGUACUAAAAAUAAGUUCUAAAACAUGUCCCUUUUUCACAAAUGAUGUCCUAAUUUAGAAUAAGAAAAAUAAUAUUCAAGUUUUCAAAAAAAAUUAUUUCAAUGACUCGUUUGGUUGACAUGUAUUAUUAGUUUAAUGGAAAGAAAUUUUGAAGUGUCAUUUGUCGAA